AUGGGCGUUCAUCGAGGCUGCUGGAGCGACUCCCUGUGGUGGCCGCCGCUGCUGCUGCUGUUCUGCAACGCCCACAUCACUACAGGACGACCCUUUGGGUUCCCCACGCCCUCUGUGAACGUGGCCGUGGUGUUCAGCGGUCCAGCCUACCAGACCGAGAUUAAGGGGCGUCUGAGUAGGGAAAACUUCAUUGACCUGCCCCUGGAGGUGAACCCCAUCACUGUGCUGGUCAACAACACCAACCCACGUGCGCUGCUCACACGCAUCUGCGACACGCUCUCCACCAACCGCGUCCAUGGCGUGGUGUUCGAGGACAACGUUGGCUCCGAGGCCGUGGCUCAGAUCUUGGACUUCAUUUCCACUCAGACUGCCGUGCCGAUUGUUGGAAUUAGUGGAGGAUCUGCCGUUGUCCUGCCAUACAAGGGUGAAGGCUCCAACUUCCUCCAGCUGGGCUCCUCCAUCGAGCAGCAGAUCAACGGUAUGUUCAAGGUGAUGGAGGAGUACAACUGGGACAGCUUCGUGGUGGUGACCAGCAUGUACCCCGGCUACGAGACCUACGUGGAUUACAUCAAGUCCUUCACUGACACCAGCUACUUCAUGUGGGACCUUCAGGACGUUCUGACCUUCGAGAUGUCUGCCGACAGCACCAACGACAUCCGAGCGCGCAGACUGCUGCAACAGAUCGAUGCCCAGGUGAUCCUGGUCUACUGCUCCCACGAGGAGGCCCAGUACCUGUUCUCCUUAGCCUCCGAGGUGGGGCUCGUGGGGCCAGGCUACAUCUGGAUUAUUCCCAGUAUGGCUGUGGGGAACCCUGAUAUCCCCCCACCUGACAGCUUCCCCGUGGGGCUCAUCAGCAUCAUCACGGACCGCUGGAGGAUGAGUCUGAGGAAAAGGGUGCGGGACGGGGUGGCCAUUGUGGUGAAAGGGGUCCAGAGCUUCCGGAAAGAAAGAGGAUUCAUUCCUGAAGGCCACAGCGACUGUCACAACCCCGUCAAGCCGUCAGUCAUCAACGACACACUGUUCAGGCACAUGCUGAACGUAACAUGGGAACACAACGACUUCUCCUUCAACAGCAACGGAUACCUGGUGAAUCCGGCCAUGAUCAUAAUCACUCUGGACAGAGAGAGGCAGUGGGACAAGGUGGGGACCUAUGAGGUGGGCAUCCUGCAGAUGAGAUACCCUGUGUGGCCGCGGUUCGGCUCCUACCUGGAGCCGGUGUCGGAUUACAGGCAUCUGACCGUCGCCACCCUGGAGGAGCGACCCUUCGUCAUCGUGGAGGCGGUGGACCCUGCCACGGGUACUUGUGUGAGCAACACCGUACCCUGCCGACGGCAGUCCAACAAGACGGAGACCAUCGUCGGUCACACCGAGCCCUACACCAAACUCUGCUGCAAAGGCUUCUGCAUCGACAUCCUGAAGAAGCUGGCCCGCACCAUCAAGUUCUCCUACGACCUCUACCUGGUCACCAACGGCAAGCACGGCAAGCUGGUGCGGGGAAUCUGGAACGGAAUGAUCGGAGAGGUGUUCUACAAGCGGGCUGACAUGGCCAUCGGGUCUCUGACCAUCAACGAAGAGCGCUCAGAGAUCAUCGACUUCUCAGUGCCCUUUGUGGAGACCGGCAUCAGUGUGAUGGUGGCCAGGAGCAACGGGACCGUGUCUCCGUCUGCGUUUUUAGAACCGUACAGUCCAGCGGUGUGGGUGAUGAUGUUCGUCAUGUGCCUGACAGUCGUGGCCAUCACAGUCUUUGUCUUUGAAUACUGCAGUCCGGUUGGGUACAACCGCAGCCUGGUCACCGCCAAAGAUCCUGGGGGGCCAACCUUCACUAUCGGGAAGUCGGUGUGGUUGCUGUGGGGAAUCGUCUUCAACAACUCCGUUCCCAUCGAAAACCCGAAGGGCACCACGAGUAAGAUCAUGGUUCUGGUUUGGGCGUUCUUUGCCGUCAUCUUCUUGGCGUCCUACACGGCCAACCUGGCCGCCUUCAUGAUCCAGGAGCAAUACAUCGACACCGUGUCCGGACUGAGCGACAAAAAGUUUCAGAAGCCGCAGGAGCAGUACCCGCCAUUCCGCUUCGGGACCGUCCCAAACGGCAGCACGGAGCGCAACAUUCGGAGCAACUAUCCGGAGAUGCACGCCCACAUGGUCAAAUACAACCAAAAGGGGGUGGAGGACGCCCUCAACAGCCUCAAAACCGGGAAACUGGACGCCUUCAUCUACGACGCCGCCGUGCUGAACUACAUGGCCGGGAAAGACGAAGGCUGCAAGCUAGUGACCAUUGGCAGCGGGAAAGUGUUCGCCACCACCGGUUACGGCAUCGCCCUGCAGAAGGACUCCAGCUGGAAGAGGCCCAUCGACCUGGCUCUGCUGCAGUUCCUCGCAGACGGCGACACACAGAAGCUGCAGACCGUCUGGCUCACGGGAAUCUGCCGCAACGAGAAGAAAGAGGUCAUGAGCAGCAAGCUGGACAUCGACAACAUGGCGGGAGUCUUCUACAUGCUGCUGGUGGCCAUGGGCCUGAGCCUGCUGGUGUUCGCCUGGGAACAUCUGCUCUACUGGAAACUUCGCCAUUCUGACCGCAAAUCCGAGCGCCUGGACUUCCUCCUCGCCAUCAGCAGAGGCAUCUACAGCUGCUUCAACGGCGUGGAGCACGCCGACCGCAGCGUGAGCAUGCAGAGCCCGGACGUCACCACCAACUACACGCAGGCCAACAUGCUGAAGAUGCUGAAGACGGCCAAGGACAUGGUGUCGUCCGCGCGGGUGGACAACUCCCUGGACAGCGCCACCAAAACCAUCGAGAACUGGAGCAGGCGCGGCGCCGACAACAUGCGGGCAAGCCUGCCCCCCAGGGUCGCAACCACUGACAUGAGCCAUCUGGCCUACAUGCCCAGCAUCACCGACAACCACUCGCCGUACCCCCAGAGGGCCAUCAACCCCAACUUCCCGGUUCAUUACGGGGACAGCUGCACCCAGCCGCUCCUGGAAAAGCCCAAAGUGGUGACCCGGCCCACGCCGCUGCGAUACACGCUGCCCGCCCGCAACAGUCAGCACGUCCUGGAGAGAACUCUGCCCAUCUCCAGCCUCAGCAGCCCCCACAUAGCCAUGAGGGACCCCGCUUCUUCAGGGACACCAAACCUACACCACCCUGGCAGGGUGUACGUGGAGAACCAAACACGGCCCCCCAUGUCCCCCUAUCUUCCUUACAGGAACUUGCAGGUGCCCGAGGUCUACGUGGAGCACAGGGGGCCUCUAAGGAGGAAGUUCAGCUACCCCCCCGACUGCGUGAGCCGCAGGAGGAGGUCCUUCAGUUGCCUGUUUGACGCCCCCGACCCCCGACUGCGAUCAGACUACGACCAGCCGCGGCCGGGCUUCGCAGAGUUGAGGCCCAACCACCUGCUGAACAACCACCCCCCCGACCCCGGCCUGACCUGCGCUGCUGCUCACUACGCCAGGGGCAGCCCCAGCUGCAACUCCUGCAUGAAGUCCUACCUGGAGCCCGAAACGGAUGACAUUCCACUCCUGGGGAAGGACAAACUGAACCGCCGCGCCUCCUUCCUCCAAGCCACCUGGGGCAACGACAGAGUCCGGCAGGUGGAUGAAACCAAGCCCUCCACGUCUCCCUCCGCCCGAGCAGACAUGCCCGACCUGUUUCCCCGCUUGGCGGGGCCCAACCCAAAGCCUCACAAGUUAUAUGGCAGUCUGGGGCACAACCUGUCCUGCUACCCCGUGGCGGCAGAGCCGGCCUACUUGGACCCCGCCCACAUGGGGUCUUACCCCUACAAGCAAAAGCUCCAGUUCUCCGAUUCCACCCGGCUGCCCUCCUACCGGGAAGCUAUUCUGCAAAACGCCGCUGCUCUGCGCCGCUCGUCCUCCACGGUGGUGCACAGACAUUACUCCACCUACCUGAACUCGUACACGGACUUACCGGUGUACGUGGGGCCGCUGGCACAGGGCCCUUCCCAGUUCUACAACACCCCCAAGGACGUGUGCCACCUGUUUCCCUGCAACAGCCACUAUUCGGACAGCGCCUCCAUGCUGCCCCGCAUGGGCGACAGGCCGCUGGUUUACCACAACAGCAUGUUUGGGACCUGCGACGCCGCCAAGAGGGAGGAGCUGGGCUCUGUGGGCAGGGAGCGCAGGCCGGUGCUGGUGGCACGUCCCUAUGUGCCAAAACCCUGGGGCAGGGUGUCCAGCCUCGAGUCUGAGGUCUGAAGCGCCGCUCUCAGCAGGGGGGUGUGGCCUCUGCUACUGCAAAAAUGAAACUGAGCACCGACCGUGUAUUUGAGAAUGUUUACUCUCAAUUAUCAGUGCAAUAAUAUUUUGAGAAGCAUUGAAGAAUGGACAGAGACUUUGUACGCCAAAAUCACUAUACGACUGAAAUGUUCAAUAUUUAAUAUAUAGAUAUUUAUCUUGUUGAUGGUUAUUUAAAGGAUUUUUAAAGCUGUGCUACAAACGUGAAUGACACAUGAUACUGUAGGUGGAUUUUAUCCAAACAUUUUUAACCCUCAGUGUUUCCGUUUCAUCAUCGAACGAUGAGAGCAGUUUGUGGUUGAAGCGCCGGUUGGUCUUCCACACAUUUUCUUUGGGUUCACUGUUGUUUUGAGACGUUCUGGUCAUUUAUGUAACAUCACUGCACUUUGGAAGAAAAAAAAGAGAAGAGGAAAAAUUCAUCAGAUGUAUUUCCACUGUUAAAGAAAGAGUUACCCUUUAAUAAAUAAGAGGCAGCUGCAGAGGCCUGCUGGAAUCUUCUUUGCCGACGUGAUUCGGACUUUUUCUGUUGCAAACUGUUUUAUUAGUUUUAUCACAAAGAAUUGAUCACAAACGCACAAUCCUCACACAGACAAAGAUUUAGAAUAUCUUUAAACUUGGUUUGUAUUGAUCUUAAAAAAAAAAA